UAUAGUCAUUUCGCGGCUACAUAAGCCUGCGGAUACAUCUACACAAUGGCAUUCACGACCAUAUGCAUGUCUGUGGUGUUCAUGUUGGUGACACUGGGAUCUUCAUCACGUGACGAAUAUGCGUUUUCUGUAGACACACUUCCUGAUAUUGUAGUUUCAGUACAACAAUAUGUCAGAUCAGGAUGCGUGUUCAUUCUGCGUCCUGACAUGAUGGACGGUCGUGACCUAGUGAAGCUGAUGAGGCUUAAGAGGUCUGUCAACAGUCGGGGCGUCUCGACAGCGGUCAUUCCUACCCGCAUGAUAGACCAGACUUUCAACUGUAACCGCAACAGACCGCUCCUUGUUUCAUUCUUCACUAACCGAACAAUUCAACAGACUCUAGAAGAGGUAUCAAGAUCUGCAGACCUGUCAGAAGCCAAGUGGCUGCAAUUUAUGGAUUCAGAGCAACUGGACGAAUAUUUGAACGGAACGUAUAUUCCUCUGGACUGCCACUUCAUCGUGGCACGGCCGACUGAGUCGGGUACAGUAAUAUUCACCGAGGUGUAUCAUAUCAGGAGAAAUCAGCGCUUGCAGAAACUAAACCUGGGUGAAUGGCAUCAUGAAAGAGGUCCCAGCUGGACGAAUAUAUCAUUUUACACGCGAAGAAGUGAUCUUCAAGGAGCCACAUUAAACGCAGCCGUCAUCUCAGAUGGUGCCAUCUGCCGUAUCACAGAGUUCAGAAACAACAAACCAGUUCAGGUGGGAGGGUUCUUCGGAGUGCUGUGGAAUGCUUUACGAUACCAACUGAAUUUCACCUCUGAGUUCAUGAAACCUCCCGAUGGAGGCUACGGAUCCAGAGGUAAAAACGGAUGGAGCGGUAUGAUCGGGAUGUUGGUCAGGAAGGAGGCGGAGGUUGCGGUGGGCGCUUACGUCAUGACGCAACUUCUACUCGACCACGUCCACUUCGUUUCACCAAUGGGAGCGACAAAGGUAGCUGUGUUUGUUCGCCGCCCUGGACCGUCCUUCGGAACGACAUGGGAUACUUAUAUGGCACCAUUCAGCAAUAAAUUAUGGAUGGCUGUGUUGUGUGCCAUCUUGGGUCUCUCAUUUGGUCUCACGGUCACGCUCAGCAUAGGAUGUCGCAUUGGAAUCGAGAAAAAUGACAGAACUACCCAUCUCUCCUUAUACGAUUCAUUCAUAUACAUAUUUGGUUCUGUUUGUCAGCAAGGUCACGGGUGGACGUGGUCAUGGCCUUGCCGUCUGGUGUUCCUGAGCGCCUCUCUGGCGGCUGUCGUGCUACUGGCCGCCUACUCAGCUACGUUCAUCUCCUUUCUCACCGUUCGGCACAGCUCUUUGCCCUUCACCACAUUCGAGGGCAUUCUACAGGACGGCACGUUCAAGCUGGGAAUACUUGAGCGAUCCGUCGAGCUUAGUUUCUUCGAUCAGACGGCAACAGAGACAGUUAUGCAGAAUGUGUACAAUAAGCUGAUUCUGCCCGCCUUGGAAGAUGCUCCCCCUGACACCUUGGCUGGUCUGCAGCGCGUGUGUGACCAGCCGAAAUACGGUUUUGUAGUGGAUUCCACGCGUGCAUACAGCGUCCUGAACAACCUCACAUGUGACAUCGUGGCUUUGCCCGAGGCCUUCAUACCAGCCACUGGGACUUUCGUCGUCGCCAAGCACAGCCCCUACCGAAGACUCAUCAACUUCAAUUUGGAGGAAAUGCGACGACACGGAGAACUCGGGAGGAUGUUUGUUCAUGCGAUGCCGUCGAAGAUUAGCGGCACAUCAUCAACCACCCUGAUAAAAGUGAGGUUUGGAGAGGUGGUACCGGUUUUUGCGGUCCUCUCUGCGAGCCUCGUGUUGGCCAGCGUGCUCCUAGCCACAGAGCUGUGCAUGCACCGCAACAUGCCUCGACGUGGCCUCCAACAGAGAUACCUCCAUCGGCAGCGCUGUUUCAGCAGUUCUGGGUUCAAUAGAUCACGUAAUCCCAACCGUGUAACCUUCUCUAUCAAUGUUUAAAGGAAGCACAUAAUACGGUUAAUGGCUAAUGCACAUUUAUUUCUAAUUUGUAUUAUUAUCAUCUAUUUCUGAACAAAUCCUAUUUUUUUCCGGUUUUCAAAGAAUU